AUGUUUAAGUUGGUGGUGAUAUUGGCGAUAAUUGCUGUUUGUUCAGCACAACCUACCACCAGAAUUGUCAAUGGAACAGCAGUUUAUGAUGGAGAAUUUCCAUUUAUGGUAUCUCUGAGGGAUAAAACUGGAGUCCACAUGUGUGGAGCAUCAGUAAUAGAUUUUCAUUGGAUUUUGACUGCAGCACAUUGUCUAAAUGGAAUGAAAGCCCAAGACAUGUCAAUACAAUAUGGUGUUACCCAUGUUUCUAAAGAUGGACCAAAUGUUGCAAGAAUUAGUGAAAUGUUCAUUCAUCCAAAAUUUGACGAAGAAAACACAUAUUUUGCUGAUAUUGCUUUAUUGAAGUUGGAAAUUCCAUUACCAUUCAGCAGAAUGGUAAGACCUGUUCCUUUGCCUUCGACAAGAGAACUAACUGCAGGAGGUGCACCUGCAACUGUUCUUGUUUGGGGUUUUAAUGCAAGUUCAAAUGGAAUGCUCCAAGAAAAUUUACAAAAAGUCGACUAUUUUAUAGUGGAUCAUCAAGAAUGCGUCGAAAUACAUAACCAUCCUGUGCAGGACAACCAAAUUUGUGCAGGACUUCCAAAUGGAGGAAAAGGACAAUAUGUGGUGCUUAGACCUAUGGCCGAUCCACGACAAGUUUCCAGUUCGCUACUCGCUUCGGACAGCCCGAUGUCAAGCAGUAAGUGA